AUGUCUAAUUUAUAUAACUUAUUUCCAAAUCGUGAUCCAUUUUAUGAAGUUUGUUCAUGGACAAGUUUUGGUAAUGAUGCUAAUUGGAAAUAUCAAGUAUUUGUAUUAGAUCCACCAGCACCAAUUGAAUGUCCAUUUACUGGUAUGUGGACAUUUAAACAAGUUGGACAACCAAAUUCAUUAAUUCAAACACGAAUUCGUGGUGGUGUAACACCUCGACCACGUGAUCAUGGUUGGUAUAUAACAUGUGAUCCUCAAUAUAUGGUAUCACAAUGGACAAUAUGUGGUGAUCAAACGAAAUCAAUGUUUGCUGAUCGUGAAUAUUGUCGACAAUUAGAUCCAUAUGGAACACCAAUUGGUGUUUAUGAACAACCUGAUUAUAUAUAUCAAUGUGCUGGAUAUUGGAGAGAAGAUUCUCGAUCAGUGAUGGUUACAUAUGAUCGUGAUGAUCCUUAUAAUAAUUAUAAAUGUUGGGUUUAUGAAAGACGAGAUUUAACAACAAUAACAUUAUCAAGAUCAGCUGGUUCAGCUUGUGGUUUUAAUCAAACAUCUGAAAGUUAUAAAUCUGAAGAUGGUGCUGAUCUUGCUAUAACACUUAUUGAAGCUGAAAGAAUUCAUGAUGAUUGUCCAAUUCGUUAUGAUGAUGGUAGAAAUAUAAUAACAAUAAUAAUAAUACUAAUGCUGAUGACAAAAGCAUUAAUAUUAUUAUCCAUCAUUUUAAUAGGCAAAACAGUGAAAAGUCAAAUUGGAUGUACAUUUGAUCGUCCAUUAUUGGGUGAAUAUUAUUCAUAUGAAAAUGGUCUUGAAGCUCAUACAUCAUUAAAAGAAAAUGGAGAUAUCGAUAGACUUUUUUAUCGUCGAGAAUCGGGUCGUGGUGCUACUGCUAAUAUAAUAACAGUUCUUGAUAAUCAUGCUAUUGGAGAAUGUUUUAAUCUUAUUUGGAGAGAAAAUCCUUUUGAUCAUGCUUCAAAACAUCAUUUUGAACUUAUUUAUAGAGAUAAAGAAAAAUCGUGUUAUCAAUGUUAUGAACUAUACAAUCGAACACGAAAUGUUCUUCAAAUACGAACUAGUGAAUGUAAUGAAAUAACAUCAAUUGUAACAAAUCAAAUUAAUUUUCAAGAUCUUUGUGCAAGUAUUAAUCAAGAUGCUGAUUUUGAUACAUUAUUUUUAAAAACAUAUUCAGCUGAAGAAUGUCGUGCAACAAUCUAUGGAACAUAUCAUUUUACAUAUGAAUUUCGUGAAGGUGGUAUUGGCAUUUGUGAUAAUCCAAUAUCACGUUUAGUUUCUUGUCCGGAUCCUGGAACUCCAUUUGAAGCUGUUAAUGAACGUUUUUGGAUGACAUAUGGUUAUUGUCGAGAUCUUGUUUCAUCAAUUGAUGCUCAACCACUUUAUCAAUGUUUGGGUUAUUGGAUUAAUGAUAAAGGAGAUAUAUUUACUGGUAUUGCUAAUGAACGUGUUGGAUCAGAACGUUGGUAUGAUAAAUUUCGUUGUAUGUUAACACGACAAGAUCAACCACAAUGGUUUGCUAAAUCUUUAUUUGCUGAAUGUGCUCGACUUUAUUCACCAACAGAUGGACCAGAAAAAGUUAUUAUAUCACCAAUUAUUCCCGAAGUUCCAACACCAACUUGUUUUUUUCCAGAUAAUUUUACUGGUGAAUGGGUUAAUACGGCUAAUGUUAAUGCAAGAACAAUAAUUAAUGCUACACAUAUACAUGAAAUAUCACAAGUUAAUAAUCGUGGUUGGCUAAGAGAAACUUAUUAUGUUUGUCAACAAAUAAGUCGACAACAAUUUUUAGUUAAAACAGUUACUAAAGGAGAAUGUUUUUCAUAUUAUAUUUGUUUUGAUUUUAA